UUGUGCCGUGGUGGGCGGAACACGAAAGCUGCUUGUCCCGCCGCUGCGAAACAGACAAGCCGGACACUUUCACAAAAGUCAAUGCCGUAGCGGCGUUGAAAAACAAAGUCUGGCCCAGAACACAAGCCUCAAGUAUGUCCUUUGUCCACAUUUUAAAGUUUUAGCUUUUAGCACACCAUGGAGAACUCGGACAGGCACAACUGGACAAGGUCAGGUAGCUGGGGAGCAGCUGCCGACGGCUGGCGGAGCCAGGACCAGAGUAGAGGACAGACCUUCAGAACGGAUGGAGGACAGCAAGGCAAGAGGAACCAGGGAGCUCCAUACUGGUCCAGCCCCAAGAGGGGGGGAUUUGGGCCCUUGGGUUAUUCCCCUGGAGCCUUCCGAGGCGGCCACAGCCCCUUGCAGAGGGAUGAUCUCCAUCGGUUCUGGAGUCCGGAAAACAGCGGCGGGACUCGAGAAGAGAGCUGGAGGGAGCAUUUGCAACAACAGUGGGGAAAGAGCUUCCGUGAUGGAGGUCCGCAUGAGGACAGGGAUAUGUGGAGGAGGGAUACUACUGAUGGAAAUGUUCUUAAUGCAGGCAAAAGACGUCGGCCAAGAAACAAGCGGAGAAAUUUUGCUGAAGAAGACCGGGAAUUGGCAAAUGAAGAGUCCUCACUCUCAGCCAAAGAUCUGCAAGUUCUGCGGCAGGCCGAGAUGCGUUUAAGCAAAGAUGACAUCCACUGUCUGAAGAAGAAAUCCAACAGCAAGCCGAACGCACUUUACACCUGCGCCCUCUGCGACGUUCUCCUGGACUCGGUGUCUGAUGCCAACAGGCACAUCCGAGACAAGCGGCACAAGCGGAGGCUCAGGGAGAAGAAAGAGCAUGCCAUGCUGACUGAGAUCCUGCCUCCCGGCCCCGAGCAUGUUCACGCAUUGACCGCCGCUUUAGAGGCUGUGGUCCGCGAGCAUGGAAUGGAUGACUGUGAUGUUGAGGGGAGGCGGUGUGUCGUGUCCCUCAUGCAAGAUCUGCUCCUGUCCGUCCUGCCUGAGAUCCGGCUUCGGUUAUAUGGAUCAUCUUGCACGAAGUUUGGAUUCAAGGAUUCUGAUGUCAACAUCGACAUACAGUAUCCACCUCACAUGCAUCAGCCAGAUGUCUUGAUGUCGGUCAAAGAGUGUCUCACCGUGAGCCCUCUUUUUGUUGAUCUGGAAGCCGAUUUUCAUGCUUGUGUGCCCGUAGUCAUCUGUAAAGAAAAGAAGAGUGGUCUCCUCUGCAAAGUAAGUGCAGGAAAUGAAAAUGCGUUCCAAACCACCUCUUAUCUAGCCACCCUAGCCAACCAGGAGCAUCUCCUCCCCCCACUGGUUCUUGGACUUCGGCGUUGGGCUAAGAUCUGUCAAAUCGACCGUGCGGACGAGGGUGGGCUCCCUCCAUAUGUCUUUGCGCUCAUGGUCAUCUACUUUUUACAACAGCGCAAAGAGCCUCUCUUGCCAUCAUAUCUGAAUCAAGCGAUCAAGACUUUUUCACUGAGCAAGCUUUCAGACUUCAACUUCACAUGUGUGGAGGAUGGACACUUGCACUGGACUUGCACCUCUUCCGCCAAAGAUGCACCGCAGCCGCCAGAGGGCUCAUCCAUGAAGGGAAAGGUUCCACUGGUUUUCCAGAACCCUCACCCCCCCGUGGAGAUCGGCUUUCUCUGGGUCGAAAUGCUCCGCUUCUAUUCCCUGGAGUUCAACAUGGCCGACAACGUUGUCAGCGUACGGACCGGCGCCGUCCUCUCCCGAGAGUUAAAAGACUGGCCCAAGAAACGCAUCGCCGUGGAGGACCCUUUUGCUGUCAAGAGAAAUGUGGCCCGCUCUGUUAACAGCCAGCAAAUGUAUGACUACAUCCUGCAUUGCCUCAAAACAACAUACAGGUACUUUGCACUGCCCCUCAACACGCCGGCAGCCAAUCACAAGAUGGCAGCACGAAGUGCAAAGGACUCGUGUGAGGGGAAAGAGUUGAGUCAGCUGAGCAUUGGGUCCCAAAGUCAACGUGAAGAAAACGGCCCCGAAGACUCUGAUUGCAUCAUUGAGGAAGAGGAUGAAAUUGAGGAAGGCAGCGACUCUGAAGGGGAGAAGGAAAAGGCGGACUUGGGGAAGAGCAGCUUCUCUGAGGAAGAGGAGGACGAAGAUGCCGAGGCGCGAGGCAGACGUCACUUGGACAGCUUCACCACGGAGGACGAGGAGAUUUUCCCCGUGGACGAGAUCUCGGGGGAGGAGCUUUUGUCUGAUGAGGAACCUCCAGAUUUGGACACCCCGGGGUCGAAUGAUGAUGAAGAGGAGGAAGAACUGGCACCCGCUGUCGCCUCACAUCCGCGCUUACCCGACACCGUCGAAAAUGAGCUCCCGGAAAAUAAACACCACAUGCCGACUGCAAAGUCGUAUCAGUUCAGCAAGCAUGCGUUCACGAGAGGAAAGUCGCACACGGUUGUGUGCAGCUUGUGCAAGCGCGAUGGCCAUUUGAAGAAAGAUUGUCCAGAGGAUUUCAAGAAGGUGGAGUUGCGGCCUUUGCCCCCAAUGACACCGGACUUUCUCAACGUGCUUGACCAAGUCUGCGAGCAGUGUUUUGUGGACUUUGCGCCCGAUGACUUGGAAAUGGCCGUCAGAGAACGCAUCCUGCAAGAUCUCGAGACCUUUGUCAGGCGUCAGUUCCCUGGUGCACGGCUGCAGCUCUUUGGAUCUUCCAAAAAUGGUUUUGGCUUCAGGCAGAGUGACCUUGACAUCUGCAUGGUGCGAGAGGGCCAGGACAACAUCGACGAUGUUGACUGCAUCAAUAUAAUUGAGCGCCUUGCAAAGCUUCUGAGGAAACACCCUGAUUUGAGGAACAUCCUGCCAAUUACUACAGCCAAAGUCCCCAUUGUGAAGUUCUACCAUGUCCGCACUGGUCUGGAGGGGGACAUAAGCCUUUACAAUCGACUGGCUUUGCACAACACGCGGCUGCUGGCGUUAUACGCCGCCAUUGACAGGAGGGUGAAGAUCCUCUGUUAUGUCAUGAAGGUGUUUGCCAAGAUUUGUGACAUUGGCGAUGCCUCGCGCGGCAGUCUCUCGUCUUACGCCUACACCCUGAUGGUUCUCUUUUUCCUCCAGCAGAGGGAUCCACCUCUUAUACCCGUGUUACAGGAGCUUUACGAUGGUGACAACAAGCCCGAGGUCAUCGCGGAUGGCUGGAAUGUGUAUUUCUUUGAUGAUUUAAAAACACUGCCCAGUCGGUGGCCGCAGUACGGAACGAACACUGAGACGGUGGGGGAACUGUGGCUCGGCCUCCUUCGCUUCUACACGGAGGACUUUGACUUUAAAGAGCAUGUGGUGUGCACCCGUCAGAAAGCCCGUCUCACCACCUUCAACAAGCAGUGGACGUCCAAAUACAUCGUCAUUGAAGAUCCGUUUGACCUCAGUCACAAUCUUGGUGCUGGUCUGUCCAGGAAAAUGACCAAUUUCAUCAUGAAGGCUUUCAUCAACGGCAGAACUGUGUUUGGCACCCCCGUGACGGCGUUCCCUCCCGAGUACCCCCGUCAGAUGGAGUACUUUUUUGACCCCCAAGUCCUCACCGAGGGAGAAGUGGCCCCCAACGACCGCUGCUGUCGCAUCUGUGGCAAGAUCGGUCACUUUAUGAAAGACUGCCCAAUGCGCCGGAAAUCCAGGCACAGGCACGACUCUGAGAGAAGGCCGGACGGCAUGCGUGAGCGAGUGGACACGGGGGAGGACCUGCCGAGCAGACACAAAAGUGAACACUGGAGGUGGCGUGACGCUGCGGAGCCGCGCUGCUGCUUCCUGUGUGGGUCCAGCGCUCACAUCAAGAAGGACUGUCAGCUCUACAGAGGAAAUACGAAAAUGGAAAACUUCCCUUCGCCCUCAGCAGGCCUCGUGAGGAAUUUUAGAGAGAAACAAAAUUCACCAUUAAAUGAUGAGAACAAAAGGCAUCAACAUGUGACGCUAAGUCCACAAGCAGGCAGUUUAGCGACCCGCAGUUUAGGUCGCGCCAGUCACAGGAAGAGCCCGGUGGAGUGAGCGGCAGCUGCACAGACCCUUAAGGUUCAACUUGUGUCCAGACAGACGGCGACCCGCCCCGGAAACCAUGUCAGUCUGAACAGGGGUCUGUCGGGCUGACACCAAGGAGCCCAUUUAAAAGCCAAAGCCAGGACGCCUUGACUUGAAGCCAUCUUGGGCCUUUUUAAAGUUUUUAUUUUAAUUUUUUCUUCCCCUCCCCACAUCCCCCCACCCCCUUUUUUAAAUGUUGAUUUUAACAACACCUGCAACAAUGGUUGGAUCAUCUAUCUUUGAUAUUCAGUUAGUUGUAUAAAAAAAAAACUGGUGAAAUAGGAAGCCAACUAGAGCUUGUUCUGGCCAAUGAAAGCAUGAAUUGUUGAUUUCUAUUAAUUUUGUACUGUUCUGAAAGUGUUUGACAUGAGCUUGCUUGAUUUCUGUAUCUCUAUUUAUAUUGAUGUUUCAAUGGUGAAACGACCUUAACUUUUACCUGGCCACAUUUAUUCUUUUAAUUUAUAUUAUUUUAAUAUUUUAAAUUUGAUUUGUCCUUUGCACUGAUAUCCACAAGCCCAUUUCCCAACUGCUUUAAAAGUUGCUAACAAGUAGCUUCCUCUGUGUAGAUGUGUGUAUAUAUUUUAGGAUCAUUGUUUCAUUUUAAGAGACUGCUGGUCCACUUUUUUUAUAAACAAAACUGGCAGACCCAGACCGUCCUCACCCUUUUGGAGCAAGCUAUCACAAGCCAAUAAAAAUGGUUGAGAUGGACGUAAUGAUGCUAAAGGCCUACAUUUAGAGAGUAAUACGGUGAAGAGACAUCUAUUUGACUGCCACGGAUCGGUAGCUGCACUGCGAGGGGGGGUCAUGAUCCUCUAUUUCUGUUGCUGCUAGAUGUUUAAAAAAGAAAAAAAAUGCUCGUGACUCAUAGACGCUCUCGCUUUAUUGCAGUCGUGACGUAAGGUUGAAUUUUAUUAAAGAAUGUUGUUGAUAUUGUAAACUUUCGGUUGUUUUGGAAGACUGCAGCCUUACGGUUUCUUUUUUGUGUCCAAUUUUGACUGAUUGAUGUUCAGUGUGCCGGAUAUGGCUUUGCAGUCCAUUUUAGUCAUUAAAUUCAAACCAAAUCCCAA